CAAGGUUACCCGGCGAAUAACACUGGUUACCCGUCGAAUAGCACUGGUUACCCGUCGAGUAGCACUGGAUACCCGUCGGAUAGCACUGGUUCUGGUUACCCGUCGAAUAGCACUGGAUACCCGGCAAGCGGAUACCCGGCGAAUAGCACUGGAUAUCCGGCAAAGGGAUACCCGGCGAACAGCAACGGAUAUCCGGCAAAGGGAUACCCGGCGAACAGCACUGGAUAUCCGGCAAAGGGAUACCCGGCGAACAGCAACGGAUAUCCGGCAAAGGGAUACCCGGCGAACAGCACCGGAUAUCCGGCAAAGGGAUACCCGGCGAACAGCAACGGAUAUCCGGCAAAGGGAUACCCGGCGAACAGCACCGGAUAUCCGGCAAAGGGAUACCCGGCGAACAGCAACGGAUAUCCGGCAAAGGGAUACCCGGCGAACAGCAACGGAUAUCCGGCCAACAGCGAUGGG